GAUCAUGGAGGAAUGGACUGCUGAGUGGAACCUUUCGUCCUAUCGCUUCUUAUAACAGGGGGAUUGAAGCCGAAGGCAGUCAAUCAAAAUGCCUGAGAAGAUGGUGGACGGUGGGAGAAAGCUUGUAACGCUCGACGACCUCAUUGACGCCUUGGAUAAGCGCGAGAGAGCGCCGAGCAAUGUCCCGAAGGUUGAUACAUUCCACUUCAGAGGAGAGCGGGUGUCCGACUGGCUAGACCUGACGGAGCAGGCACUGGUGGGAUUGUCAGGUGAGGUCAAGCUCCAACGGGUCCUAAGAUAUGUCCUUCAUAGCCAUCACCAGGAAGUGGGCAAGGUCGUGGAUGCUGCCAAUGGUAGUUGGGCGAGGUUUAGGGACAUGAUGCAGAGAAAGUACAGAUUAGGGGAUGACCUGCUGACCAUAGGGGAUUUGGAGGCGAUGAACAAGGACGACUUCUCCACGAUUGGGGCUUUCGUACAUGAGUUUAAAAAGAGGGCGAGGACGGUGCACGGGAUCUCCGAAGAAACGCAGUGUGCCAUAUUCUUGGGUCUGCUUACUUGCUCGGAGGCCUCGGAGCUGACGGGUCACGGAGGGGGAAGUGAGAAACUCACAUGGACCACUAUCGACGAAGGGGUGGAAGAGGGGAGCCUGGACCAGGUGGAACAGCACCAGGUGCGGCUGCAAAGGCGCAAGAGAAAGGAAAGGGACGGCACCGCGUCCGGGACCCCAGGGGUGAAGAGGAUCGUCACGGACGUAUUGGCAGCGUUGGGGUAUGAUAAUGAGGCGGAAGUGCAAAAGAGGGGAGUGACCGUGGCCCAAGGCCGGGGGUCGGGGGCAGUCGAAGAGGAGGCUAGGCGCGAGGACUAUGGCGGAGAAGAGACGGGCUCCCAGAUCCUAACCAAGGCCCAGAGGAAGCAGCGGAACCUACAAGUGGGGGGUCAAGGAUCCGGGAAAGGUUGUAAUCACUGCACCUCGUGCGGGGGUAGUCAAACUCUGCCCGGGCAAAUGGUCCCUUAUGCUGGCCCAGCGGUAAGUAUGGAGCCCCCGAGCUACCCUGCGGCUCAGGGUCAGUUUGUGGCCCAAUCGCCUCCCUCCCAGCAGGCCUCGCAGGCUAGCGUGGCUGGGGGAGGAAACCAAGGACAAGGUGGGCAAGGCAAUGGAGGCCGAGGUCAAGGGGGCCGAGGAGGUGGUGGCCAGGGCCGAGGAGGACAUGGUGGGGGUCGCGGAGGUGGUUGGAAUGGUCAAAGGGGCCAGGACCAAGAUGGACGAGGCGGCCAGGGAGGGGUCCAAGGGUAUGGGAGGCCCCGCUUUGAUUGGCGAAAUGCCACUUGUUGGCAUUGUGGCGAUGUAGGCCACACGGUGCGGUUCUGCGAGCGGCGGCGAGAGGAUGAAUUAUCAGGGUUAAUCUCCUCUUGUAUGGACGGGGACAUAUAUGAUAAGUGGGGUGAGCAUAUUGACCCCAGGACCCCGGGAGGAAUCAGGCAAGAGGCUCUCUGGCGAGCAACAGCGGGACCCAUGGCACCCCCGACAAUGUUUAGGAUGUGGCAGGAGAAGGAAGAGCUGACCGUAAGAGUCGAGGAGAUUGUAGGGGAUAGUGAGGAGGUCACUCGGCGACUAAAGACGGGGACUGUAAGGGAGGAGCCGAUAGUCAUCAAAUCGGAUGACGAGGGGCAGGAAGGCGAAGGAGAGCCGGCCUUAGCCCUCCUGGGGAGGAUGGAAGACCUGCUGGAAAAGGUGGGAAGGUACCAGCGGAAGUUGCAGGCUCUGUGUGAAGAAGCCCGAGAGUGGGAGGCCAAUCUGCCUGAGGUCUUCCUCUACGACUCCGGACCUGAGCCUUCGCCAGGACAACAGAGGUACCCAAGAGUGGCGACUGUAGGGACGGACCCUAGGUCAGGUAUGGCCUAUAGACCCCCCACGUCGCAUGGGAGGGUGCCGCAGGCGGCUCGGACUAGGAGCCAAGACAAGGCCGGGCCUAGCCAAGAGCCCAGUCAGGCACCCCCUCGAAAGGAGUCGGAGCCAGAACGUAGGAAAGAGGUGGUGGAGGUCCCGGAGGAAGAGGAAGAGGAAGACGAUGAAGAGGAUGAGAGGCUCCGACAAGAGGAGGAUCAGCGGGCGGAGUUGAGGGCCAAAAAGAGAGGAGCCCGGGAGGAGGCCGAGCCAAGCCUACCCGACAGCGUACCUAAGAGGAAGAAGUACGCGGUCCGGAUGGAGGAAGGUUUUGACGUGGAGCGAAUGGUGGACAAGCUCCUGGAAGGCCACAAUGACUUGAUGAACCUGAAGGAUAUCCUGGCGUCGGCGCCAAGGCUCCGUGGGGAGUUGAAAGGGCGACUGUCGGACCAGAAGUGUACUGGGAUGGUGGACACGGGCGCAGAGAUGAACAUCAUCAAGGAGAAGGAGGCGGUAAUGAUAGGCAUGGAGGUCGAUCGCUCGGACCAUGGCAUGCUACACGGCGCUAACUGCAAGGUCGCCUUUUGCGGCACAACGUCAAAUGUGAUUAUAGAGAUUGGGAAAGUGCGAGCCAGAACUUGCUUUUUCGUUAUGCCCGAUGUCGAUCACCCCAUCCUCCUGGGGCGGUCGUUCCUGUGCAGGACGGAAACCUUGAUCUUCAACAAGCACGACGGAACAAUGAUCCUGCUCCUGUGCGACCCGACGUGUAGGAAUUAUGAAGUUAUCACCUGCCGGAACACGGGGCCGGGGAGCGGGAGGAAUAGGCCCAAUCUAGGCUCGUUCACCUUUGAGGAAUCAGAGAACGAGCGGAGACGGCUUUGGCAAGUGCCCGGGGAGGAAGAUAGGGCUGAGGUGCUGACAUUAAGCCUCACGGAUGUGAAUAAGGCCAUGGAGGUGGUAUCAGCUCACGACAUGGCGGAUCCGGAGGCCAUUAAGGCAUUGAGAGAGCAGGUUUUGUCCGAAGGAGAAGGAGGAAGACGAAGUGUGUCCAGUGUACAACGCUUUGUCUGGAAGCAUGUCCAAGACAUCGAUCAGGUUCUGAGGUUAUUGGAGGAACAUAACCUGACGGCGAGCGGCCCCAAGUCGAAACAUUGUAUGAGGGAGGCCACGAUUUUAGGCUUUGUCUGUAAUGAGAGUGGGCGAAGGUCUGAUGUAAAGAAGACAGACAAGAUUCUGGAGUGGCCGGUGCCCUUCCGCUUGAUAACAGAUGUGAGGAGCUUCCUUGGGACGUGCGGAUUUUGGAGGAGCUUCGUGAAGGACUUUGCCACGAAGACGGAGCAUUUAAGGAAGUUGGUGCGCCAGGAUCAAGAAUGGGUCUGGGGCGAAGACCAAGAAGAGGUGGUCGGUAGGAUGAAGGGAGAGUUUAAGGAAGAAGGCUUGGUAUUGGGAGUGCCAAACUAUGAGGUCACGGAGGAAAGACCAUUCGUCUUUGAGACGGACGCUGGGCCAACUGCCUUGGGAGGAGUCCUGAUUCAGGCGGAUACUGAGGGGAAGGAGAGGCCGCUAAGAUUCGAAAGUCGUACCCUCAAUACAACUGAGAGGAACUACUCUCAGUUCAAGAAGGAAACGCUGGCGGUACUUCAAGAGGCACAUCUUGAGGGUGGACCCUACUGCACUGGCAUUUGCGUCAGCCACCCCAUAUGGCUGGCACCAAAGGGGUACGAGCAGAAGGAGGAGUUAGUCAUCAAGCCCUUUCAGGAGGAGGAUCCAUGGGGGAGUAAAGAUGUUGGUUGGAUGAUGAAGUUGGCGUUGGCAGGUACGCACAGCCUGGUGGAGGAAGUGAGGACAAUAGAGGAAGGCCCCACUCAGGUAGAGGAGCAUGAGCAGCUAAUGGAAGGGAUGUACCUGCUCACCAAUAUGCUCCUGCAGGGAGACUUCGACCGAAAGGGCUCGUUCAGUCACGAGGAGAAUGAGAUUCUGGUUCCUAAAAGCCGAGACGACGAAUUCGAGGAAGGAGAAAUCAAGGAGGCGUUUCGGGCGGAGGAGUACGAUGGGAUCUACCAGGAAUUAGGGUUGCUCCUAUCAUGUGAGAUAAGGGAUAGAGAUGCAAGCGUCAAAGCACAGAAGAUGAGGCACCUCUAUGUGGUAAGAGACGGCCACUUGUUUAUAAAGCGGCAGGUCGGGAACCCCAGGAGGAUCGUAUGUGGAAGAAACCGACAAAUUGAUAUCAUAGCGGCCCUACACGAUGGUAUAGCAGGGGGGCACAGAGGGGUAAGUGCCACAUGCGCGAAGAUAAGCGAGCUCUACCUUUGGGAUGGGAUGCCGACGAUGGUUAUCAAAUACUGUCGGUCAUGUAUACCUUGUCAAGAGAGGUCAGCUCAAAGGCCUGGAGAACCCCUACACCCAAGGUUAGAAAGAGAAGUGGGUGCGGUCGUAGACCUGGACCUGUUAUUCAUGCCAGCAGGGGAGAAUGGAUGUAACUACAUCUUCGAUGCACGGGAUAACCUUACUGGGUUUGUGGACGGACGAGCUAUCCGGACAAAGAAUGGCCCGGUUUUGGCAAACUGCAUCGAGGAGUAUGACCUGCGAUACCCUUUUGUCAGGGAGUUCGUGAUGAAUCGAGGACUAGAGUUUACCUGCAAUGAGGUGAGGACGUUGCUUGCAGGGUAUGGCGUAGUGGCCAACUAUACUACGACCGCACACCCUCAAGCGAACGCUCUUGUGGAGAGAGGGCACAGUACCAUCACGAAUAUCCUGGCUAAGUGGACAGAGGGCAAGCCUGGUCAAUGGUCGAAAUUCCUACGGGCAGCUUUCUUCGUGGAGAAUGUUACGGCAAAGAGGCCUACCAAGUACGCGCCAUCCACGCUAUGGUAUGGGAGGCAUGCCACCUUUCCCAUAGAAAGCUUUAUGAAGACGUGGAGGCGCCAAGACUUGGAGGUAAACCUGUCUUUCAAGGAACUGCUCGAUAUUCGGGCACGGCAAGUGGGGGCGGCCGAAGAAAGAUUGCGAGAGGCCGCUGGUCAGGUGGAAAGGAGUCGCAUGGAAGAUAAGAUGAGGUCUGACUUUCCGAAGACAGCCAUGCAGAGGGGCGGGAGGGGCGCGCGGCCACGACAGGGGCCUCAGGUAGCAUCAGGAGGGGAUGACUCGCGCAGACCGGUUAGGAGGGAGUCUACGCCUAUCUUCGACGACGGUAACAUAGAGCUUUUUCUGGACUCCUACCAGGCACAUGCGACACGGGAGGGCUGGUCUACCUUGGAGAGGAUACGACACUUGAGGGGAGUUGGGCGCUUCGAGGAGCCUAUUGCGCAUAUUCGAGAGGAGGCGUUGACAUGGCAGGAUGUGGAGGCGAGGAUGCAGAUGCUGAGGGCUUCGCCGAUGGGACCGGAUGGAUUGCCUAUUCGAUUGGAGGAAGGCAAUGCGGAGGAGUUCAUCCCGGCCUAUGAGCAGUAUAUGCGCGACCAGGGGGCUGGGCAGGARGAGUGGAUGCAGAUGCUGCCCCUCUGGACACGGAGGGCGGAGAGGUCGUUGGCGAGGCAGAUYCGGGACAGGGCACACGACUGGGAGGACUGCCAGGCCCACUUGAGAAAGGCAUUUCGACGACUGGAGCCYRAGRGACCAGAGCCCAGGGUGGAGAGACGACAAAGGAGUAAGAGGCCACGGGGCCCAGAGGCGAGAGGGACCACUACGACCAGAGGGGGCCGAAAGGCCUUGGCACAGCGAGAGGGGCCAUCGGAGGCCGCCCAGGCGGUGGAGCCAGUUCAGGCGGAGGAGCCAGUUCAGGCCGCGGGGCCGGCUCAGGUGGCAGAGGUACCCCCUACCUAUGGACUCGAGCAGGUGGAGUUUUGCCGAAUCACGGGCAGUGAUCUACGGGGCCCGUCGCCGAUGUUGCCAGAGGGGGGGGAGGCGGUGCCGUUGAGGACGUCGCUCGACAGAUUGGAGGCUCAUCUUGAUGCGUCCCAGUGGGGGGUAUCACAGCGGGGAGCAGACAAGAGCGGACCGGCAUGGUAUGAGCCAGUGGAGGAUGAGCCAGAGGAGGAGCCACCUGCGCCGGGGCCUGAGGCGGGGUCUCGCGAACCCGAGGAGCCGCAGACUGAGGGGGUUAUCACUGUUGGGGAUGAUACCCCUCCUCCUACUCCGAUUCCUGAACAGGCGCGGCAGCAUUGGCCUGAAGGAAUUCCUGAAUCGGACAGCGAGGAGAUGUUGGGGCCCCCACCGGAGGCUACUAUGCCACUCCCGACGCAGGCGGAGCCAGAGGAGGGCGAGAGGGCAAGGACACCUACUAUCGUGGUGCCGCAACUAACUGGGUCUACAGGUGCACGUAUGGACGUGGAGGUGCCGACGUCCGGGGAGCCUCCGCCAGGGCCGCCACCCGCAGAGGAGGGGACAAGUGAGAGAGAUUCACUGCGGGAGGGUCACGAGGCGAGGACAAGGAAGCCACCGGGGGAGAAGAAAGAGGAGAAGCGCGCGAGGGUCGAGAGGGAUGCUGCUCGCCUGAGGUCGCGAGAAGCAGGACAGGGGAGUGAAAAAUUGGACGAGGCACGAGAGGCAGAGGACUUAGGAUUUUCAGCCGCCAGGAUGGAGAUUAAGCGUACAGACAGGGGGAUAGGUGAGGUGGCAAUCUCGUUCUUCCAGCGGUACUCCAUGCUCAACGAUGAGUUGGCGGCGUCGAGGUUAGAGGUGGGACAGUUGUCCACCCAACUUGCAGAAAAGAGGGCAGAGAACCAGGCGUGGAGGACCCGCAUGGAAGCCAAGGAGGCGGAGUGGGAGAAGAGGCUUCGGGACAUGGCGGCGAUGGUAGAGAGGCUCUCAGCCACUAAGGUGGUCGACUGGACGGAGCAGAGCCGGUAUGGUAUUCAGGGGAAGGAGGAUGAAGAGGCGACUGCGAUGGGAGAAGUCCGUGAGGGCACGCCACUGAGAUUGGACACUCCAGUGUACCGACCCGAGGGAGGUGAGGCGUUAGCAAGGCCAAGUACCCAGAUGAUGGAGGCGGGGCCGGCAGAGUCAUGGAGUAUGUCCCAGAGCCAUGAGAUGAGCAGGGAAACUCGCGAGACGUCGCCGUUGCCUGAGUCCCAGAAGAAGAAGAGGAGGUGUCGAGGGAGAUCAGACGAUCAGUGCUUCUUCUGCAAGGACGGCGUACAUAGAGCUCUUGAAUGCCCGAAGUUCCUUAAGGACAAGGCGGUCGAGAGAGUAACAGAGAGUGGUGGGAGAAUGUACGACAGGCGGGGGCGAGUGGUAGAGCGGGCUCCAGAUGGGGGCAGGGCACAGUUAUAUAGACAGAACCAGGAGGCUAUGAGUGAGUAGGGGCUGGUCCGUCUAUAUGACAGUAGGAUUAGAGCUCCUCUGUACGCAGAGACCGUGAUACGGGUGUACAUACUCUGAGUUAGCCAGGCGAGUCUC